AUGAGUGAACAGCUGAAAUUCAUCGUUGAGCAACUCAACAAAGACCCGUUUAAGAAAAGCUUUAACCUCAUCACGUUUGACUCCCUGGAACCGAUGCAGCUGCUGCAGAGUUUAAACGAUGUUCUGGCUGAAAUAGACCCAAAGCAAGCUAUAGAUAUCCGUGAAGAAAUGCCUGAACAGACCAUAAAGAGAAUGUGUGCCCUGCUGGGGAUGCUGAAAUACAAACCUCCUGGCACCCUCUCUGAUGUGAGCAGCUUUAGACAGGGUUUGGUGUCAGGCAGUAAGCCCGUGGUGCACCCCAUCCUCCACUGGCUCCUGCAGAGGGUCCCUGAACUCAAGAAAAGGGCUUAUUUGGCUCGCUUUCUAGUCAAACUGGAGGUGCCUGCAGAGUUUCUGCAGGAUGAUGUUAUCAAUGACACCUAUCACCAGUACGAAGAGCUGGUGGAAGGUUUUAAAACGUAUCACAAGGAGUGUGAGCAGCUGAGGACUUCGGGCUUCUCCACAGCAGAAAUCAGAAGGGACAUUAGUGCAAUGGAGGAAGAGAAAGACCAACUAAUCAAACGUGUGGAGAGGCUGAAGAAGAGGGUGGAGUCAGUGUCCAACCAUCAACGGAUGCUGGAACAGGCCAGACAGCUGCGAGUGGAGAAGGAGAGAGAGGAGGCACUGACUCACCAGAAGCAAGAACAGAAGAACCAACUGUUCCAGGCAGAGCAGAGACUGCAGAGAGCACAGCAGCAGUUGAAGGAUUUGCGACAGGCAGCAGCAGAUGCCAAUCCAGAGAGCUUAAUGAAGAGGCUUGAAGAGGAGAUCAAGAUCAACUCCUACAUGGUCUCUGAGAAACUCCCCAAAGAGCUGGAGGGUAUGAGGCGCACAGUGCAGUACCUGCAGAAAAUAGCGUCAGAGCCUGCCAUGGGCCAGGCUGAUCUCCAGGAGCUGGAGGACAAGAUCAAAGAAGUCGAUUCUCAGAUAACCCAGCUGAUUGAGAAGAGGAUGAUGAGAAAUGACCCCAUGGAUGACAAACUGACCCUUUACAGGCAACAGGCCUCCAUCAUCAUUCGAAGGAAGGAGUCGAAGGCAGAGGAGCUUCAGGAAGCGAGGGAGGAGCUGGCCGCUGCAGAGAGGGAUCUGAGGCAGAGGAGCAGCCAGGCACGAGUGUCAGAUGGGGAAGAGGUCAUCCGGGGUGAUGAGCUGAAACGUUUGCUGGUGAAGUUGCGCAGCAAGGGAACAGUAUACAAGAAGAAACGUCAGGAAAUUGCUGAGCUGAAAGCAGAAUAUGGAGUCCUGCAACGGACAGAGGAAAUUCUCAAAGAAAGACAUGAGACCGUCCAACAGAAACUGCAAACUAUGGAAGCCGAAAAGGGCAUCUCCGGCUACAGCAACACUCAGGAGGAACUGGAGAGGGUGUCGGCCAUCAAGAGCGAGCUGGACGAGAAGAAGGGACGCACACUGGAUGACAUGUCUGAAAUGGUGAAGAAGCUGAACUCAAUGAUAACGGAUAAGAAGUCAGCUCUAGCACCAAUUAUUAAAGAGCUGAGGUCACUGAGACAGCGGUGUCAGGAAAUAAGCCAGGAAUAUGAGGAAAAGAAGGCGCAAUACGAAAGUUGUACUGCUGGUUUGGAGAGCAACAGAUCGAAAUUGGAGCAGGAGGUGAAAGCAUUGAGGGAGGAGACAGCGCAGGAGGAAAACCAAUAUCAUUAUAUCAACUCCAUGUCAGAGAUUGUUGAGAUGCAAAUACAGCGGGCAGCUGAAGAGAUGAAGGCCUACGUGUCCUCUGAUCCACAAGAGAGGAAGAAGGCCAUCAGGGAAGUGUACAUGAAGAACAUUUCAGAACAGGAGUUACUUGGCAAGAAGUUACGUGAGAAGCAGAAGAUGGUGAGGGAGAGCCACAGCGCCAACAUGGAGCAGAUGAAGUUGUGGCGUGACCUGGAGCAGCUGAUGGAGUGCAAGAAGCAGUGCUUCAUAAGAGCUCAGAGCCAGGCAUCUAUUGGUCAGGUCAUCCAGGAGGGAGGAGAGGACAGGCUGGUGCUGUGAGGACACAUGUAGGGCGGGGUCACCCACAAUGCACCGACUACACUAUACCUUCCUGUAACAAGUCUAGAUCUUUUAACAAUAUAGUUGUUUUAUGUAAACUGUUUAUGGUCUUCCCCUCCAUCUCGCCUGUGACAGACUGCCAUUGAGUUUCACAUGAUAGUUUAUCUUGGGUACGAACCAGACUGGUAACUUCAGAUGAUGACACGGUCUGAGAUCCUUUUGAGAAUCCACAACGUAAACAACACGUGUAUGUAGAGGUGUUAUCUGACACUGGGUUUUCACCGUCUCUGGCCCCUGGGGACUCCAUUUUGGCGACAUCUUUAAGAAUACAUGUUCGAUCAAAGUGUCCAAAGAUAACAGCAUACAAAGUGGUGCACUUGGGAUGUGGCCUCGGUCAACUAUUUCUGGCAACCACUACCAUGACCUUGGACAGGGUGUCUUGCCAAUUUUGGAAUUCACUGGGACCUCCGUUGCUUGAACAGCACAGAUGAAAUAGUCAUAUUAUUCUGCUUGUUUCUAUUCUGUAUCACAACAUACGAUAUUUUAUUAUGAUAAAUUUCAAGAUAAUCAUUGAUAUUUAAGAUG